AUGAGUGUUUGGAUGUUGAUUCUUAACAAUACUCAAUUUUCCCAAUCAACAGAAGAUCUUUUGAACCAUGUGUUUUUGGUUCAAAAUGAAUCAACUUCUUGUUGGGGACCAUGUUCCAAAUCUGAAAAUGCCGUGUCCUUCAAUUUCUUGCAUGAAUUUGCUCUUGUCUUUGUACUCUUAACGUUAAAAUUUAUCUGUUUUGCGCAUGUUAACUGCUGGAGCACCCGAGAGAGCACUCCUUGCACCUUGAUUAGAGACUCGGAAAACAUAGCAACGCCUGGAUCAACUACCAGACCAUCAUGCUCCAAUGUAGAGAACCGAAGAGCUAGGAAUACACAAAGAACAAUACCGACAAACCCAAAUAUGGAGGAGUUCUUUGCUGGCUUUGAAAAUAGCCAGCAGAUUAAUUUCCUUGAGAAGUACAACUAUGAUAUCAAGAAUGAUAUGCCUCUCCCGGGACGCUUCAAAUGGAGAUUCAGCAGAAAGCAAAUGCACAGUUCUUACAAGAAAAGUAUGGAAAAAAAACCUGAAAGAAAUUAUGUGUAAUCUGUGAUAUGUAACAUAAGUGCAGCUGACUAAAUGUAGUCCUAACCCCCCUUCUUUUAGCAUAGUUUAGCAUAUUGAUUUUUAGCUUUUGAGAAUCCAAGAGAAGAUAAAAGUUAAUUAAGUAGGGUUAGAAUUCAGUUUAUGAUGGUUUUGCUUUAUAGUUACACCAUUGUGAUCUGUAAUGGAUAUCAUUAAUAUUGUUCUGAAACCAACUUUAUUAGUACUUUAUGACUCACUAAUCUCUCAUUUUUACAUUUUCUUUAAAUAAUGCUUGGAUGCUUUAAUUAAGGUCUCAUGUUUUGCUUUGGUGAUUGAAUUUAUUGGCUUUAUCAUCUUUGGUUCAAUGAAAUUUAGCUGAAUGUUAAGUUGAUUCAAUAAGAUAUGCCUUUUUAUGUAUGAAUAUUGAUUGCUCAGAUAAGAUUGAUUGCUUGCAGAAAAGCUUGCAAUAUAAUCAUGUUAUAUGAUCCAUAGCUUUUGAUGAGUUGAAGUCACUUUCCCCCAUUUAGUUGAUUGUCACUUUCCUCCAUUUAGUUGAUUGGUGUAAGGUUCUAAUAAUUUUUUUUUGAUGUUACUGGGAUUGUAAACAAAUUUUGUAUGCUAUUUCUGUAAUUAUUCUUAAAUUGGAGGCAUUAUGGGAGAGACUAUACAAUUCACAGGAUUCGGCUGAAAGAACUCGUGCUGAGAAUACUUUGAGAUGUUUUUCGAUGAAUACCAAGUAAAUUCCGCAAUGCCAGUACAUUUUACAUAAUGCAUUGACACCAUAUGUAUUGAUGCUUGCAAGUUCAAGCUUGUUGAAGCAAGUUACUGAGCAUUCACUGUCAUUGCAGCUUCGUCUUGAUAUUAGUAAGUGAAGCUGAUCCUUGUUGUUCUACCCCUGGUAGGCUAGAGUUAUUAGUCAGAAGCCCACUUGAAAAGGAAGGCAGCUUAAAGGGAGAAGGAAAAUUAAUUGGGUUAUCGUACUUUGAAUUGACUUCAUUGAUUUUCAGCUACUUUUCCUCUUAUUGAUCUGUUAUUCAGUGUGCUAAAUUUCUCAAGUUAGAAAUAGUAUAAUUUGUAUCAGCUACCUUGAACUCUCGUGUGUUUUCCUUUGUAUAUCAAGUUUAUGAGAUAAUAUAAAAGUUCUGAUCUUGUUUUCCUUUGUUUAUCAAGUUUGAAUUAUCAGCAGCUACUAAUGUUUUUGUAAAGGUCUUCUGCACAAAUCAAAAUCCAAAAUGUGUUGUAUGUCCAAUGAGUAAAGAAUGUAGACACUUCGGGAACAAUGAUAU